AUGCUAUUUGCUGAUGACAUAGUCCUGAUAGACGAGACGAGGGUCGGUGUUAAUGAGAGGUUGGAGGUCUGGAGACAGACUCUCGAGUCCAAGGGUUUCAAACUAAGUAGGGCUAAGACAGAGUACCUGGAGUGCAAGUUUAGCGCCGAGCCGAGCGAAGUAGGCAGGGACGUCAAGCUUGGAUCUCAGGUCAUCGCCAAGAGGGACAGUUUCAGAUAUCUUGGGUCGGUGAUUCAGGGGGACGGAGAGAUCGACGGGGAUGUCACUCACCGUAUAAGGGCGGGGUGGUCGAAAUGGAGGCUUGCAUCAGGAGUCUUGUAUGACAAGAAAGUGCCACAGAAACUCAAGAGGAAGUUUUAUAGAGCUGUGGGGUUGUAA